AUCAUGUUCUCUUUAUUCAGUCUGAGGGGUUGCAAGUUGUCAGGGAUCAGCUGUUCUGCUCUGAUCUCAGCUCUGACGUCCAACCCCUCCCAUCUGAGAGAUCUGGACCUGAGUCAGAACUACAUGCAGGGUUCAGGAGUGAAGCGGCUGAGAGGUCUUCUGGAGAGUCCAGACUGCAGACUGGAGACUCUCAGGAUCAAUGACCAGACGAUCAGAGCCAAGCAUCAGAAGAGAUGUGAGUAUUGAAACCAUAUCCUCCAUUCAUCAAGAUA